CAAUUCUCUAUAUAAAUUUCACUUAGCAUCACCUCUAUUUUCCUGCGUUUAAUUUUCCAUUUUUCUAAAACAUUAAACCGAGAAAAAAAAAAUGGCAAAUCCAAAAUUAAUGAAAUUACCCAGCAUGAGAGAGAGGGUUGAAGACACUCUAACUGCACAUCGCAAUGAACUCGUCUCUCUCCUCUCCCGGUAUGUGGCACAGGGGAAAGGUAUAUUGCAGCCUCAUCACUUGAUUGAUGAGCUGGACAACAUCAUCGGUGAUGACUCAUCAAAGACAAAGCUCAGUGAUGGCCCUUUUGGUGAAGUCUUAAAGUCCGCUCAGGAAGCAAUAAUUUUACCACCUUUUGUUGCGAUAGCCAUACGGCCGAGACCCGGAGUUUGGGAGUUUGUUAGAGUCAAUGUAUACGAACUCAGCGUUGAGGAGUUGACGGUAGCUGAAUAUCUACGUUUCAAAGAAGAUCUUGUAGAUGGCCAACAUGAGGACCAUUUUGUGCUCGAGCUCGAUUUCGAGCCAUUCAACGCGACAUUUCCCCGCCCGACUCGUUCUUCGUCCAUCGGUAAUGGUGUUCAAUUUCUCAACCGUCAUCUAUCUUCGGUUAUGUUCCGGAACAAAGAAUCUCUUGAGCCGUUGCUCGAUUUCCUUAGAGUCCACAGGCAUAAAGGACAUGUUUUGAUGUUGAACGACCGAAUUCAACGAAUCUCGAGGCUUGAGGCUCAACUGGCUAAGGCCGAGGAUUAUGUGUCUAAUCUUCCGCUAGACACGCCUUACUCUGAGUUUGAAUACACGUUGCAAGGGAUGGGGUUCGAGAGAGGAUGGGGAGACUCGGCUGGACGUGUUUUGGAAAUGAUGCGUUUGCUCUCGGACAUUCUUCAUGCUCCCGACCCAUCUACUCUAGAGACGUUUCUUGGUCGAUUGCCUAUGGUUUUUAAUGUCGUCAUUCUAUCGGUGCACGGAUAUUUUGGGCAGGCGAAUGUACUUGGUUUGCCCGAUACUGGUGGUCAGAUUGUAUAUAUACUGGACCAAGUUCGUGCCUUGGAAAACGAGAUGUUACAAAGGAUAAAGAAGCAAGGACUGAAGAUCAAUCCUCGUAUUCUUAUUGUUACUCGAUUAAUCCCGGAUGCAGUGGGCACAUCAUGCAACCAGCGAUUGGAGAGGUUAAGUGGAUGCGAGUAUUCACAUAUUCUGCGCGUUCCCUUUAGAACCGAGCACGGAGUUCUUCGGAAAUGGAUUUCGAGGUUCGAUAUUUGGCCAUAUCUGGAGAAGUUUGCAGAGUGCACUAUUGCGCAUGCUCUGGAGAAGACGAAAUAUCCAGAUUCCGACAUAUACUGGAAAAAAUACGAUGAGAAAUACCACUUCUCGUGUCAGUUCACAGCCGACCUGCUGGCCAUGAACCAUUCGGAUUUCAUAAUCACAAGUACUUACCAAGAAAUUGCCGGGACGAAGAGCACUGUGGGCCAAUAUGAAAGCCAUGCGUCUUUCACCCUUCCCGGCUUGUACCGAGUUGUCCACGGAAUUGACGUUUUUGACCCUAAGUUCAACAUAGUCUCCCCUGGAGCCGAUGACUGCAUAUACUUUCCCUAUUCCGAAAAGGACAAGAGGCUUACCUCCCUCCACGGAUCGCUCGAGAAGCUAUUAUUUGAUCCUCAGCAAAAUGACGAACACAUUGGCGUUCUGAAAGACCCGUCGAAGCCCAUAAUCUUCUCAAUGGCGAGGCUUGACCAGGUGAAGAACAUAACAGGUCUAGUGGAGAUGUAUGCCAAGAAUGCCAAGUUAAGGGAGCUGGCUAACCUGGUCGUGGUAGCUGGCUACAUUGACGUUAAGAAAUCGAGCGAUCGGGAAGAAAUAACCGAAAUUGAGAAAAUGCAUGCAUUGAUCAAACAGUAUGAGUUGGAUGGCCAGCUGAGGUGGAUAUCAGCACAGACUAACCGUGCGCGUAAUGGUGAGUUGUACCGCUACAUAGCUGACAAGAGAGGAAUUUUCGUCCAGCCUGCCUUUUAUGAAGCAUUUGGGCUGACAGUGGUGGAGGCCAUGACCUGUGGCCUACCGACAUUUGCAACUUGUCAUGGAGGCCCACUGGAGAUUAUCGAAAACGGGAUAUCGGGAUUUCAUAUAGAUCCAUACCAUCCGGAUAAGGCCAGCGUCCUCAUGGCAAACUUUUUCGAGAAAUGCAACGAAGAACCGAGCUUCUGGGAGAAAAUAUCCGAAUCGUCCCUCCGCAGAAUUCAAGAAAGGUACACGUGGAAGAUCUACUCCGAGAGGCUGAUGACAUUGGCCGGAGUGUAUGGAUUUUGGAAGCACGUCUCGAAGCUCGAGAGGCGCGAAACUCGCCGGUAUCUUGAGAUGUUCUACAUUCUUAAAUUCCGCGACUUGGUGAAAACUGUUCCUUUGGCUGUUGAUGGAUCAACUUGAGGGUAUAUAUAUGCAUGGUGAAGGAAGUUUUUUAAGAGCAUUAUUUAGCAUAAGUAUGAGUGAAUAAGAAGAGCAUGUUUGUUUGCUCUCUUGUCUAUAUUGAAGUGACCUUGUAUUUCAGAAUUAUGUAAGCAAGAUUUCCCACUAAAAGAUGUGUAAUAAACUUUAAAAUGUUCUCACAUUAAUUUCCUAUGAAAAGUGCAAUAUUAUUCAGAGCUAGCAAUUGAAUAUUAGAGCAUCAUCAUAAAUCCAAAUUAAGCACAUGUCUAGGACACACCAAUACAACCCAAAUUCAGAUUCCCUUUGGGGAGACCANAAAAAAAAAAAAAACAAAAACAAAAAUACAGAAAUAAGAGUUUAAUUUCUCAUGUGGCUGUCAAAUUAGGGUAAAACGGCACACCGGCCACCGGCAACCACUCGCUCCCCUGAAUAAAACCGUCGACCGUAAACUGCCCGGCCUCUUGGGAGCUAUUGAUCACCCGAUAUCCCGGCCACGUCACCCUCGCGCUCGUGUUCGCCCCGGGCCCACGGUUCCUAUACUCCCCAUAGUACAAUGUGUCGAGCGCGAAGUCCCCGUCCCACUCGAGCCACCCUCUCGGGUUCACGACUUCCUCCAUCUUAGAAAGCAUGAAAACCGUUCGAGAAUACCUUUUCCACGGCCGGCCGAGAUAAGUCCGAAACCGAGAUAACACGGGGAGGAGAUCGGCGGCUGCCGCCACCUUGCAGCCGAGGAUCGAAAUGCCGGUGUUCUGGUUCGGGUCCUCACGGCCCUGGGCCGUGAAGAUGUUUUGUUGGUUGUCGAGGGGCCGACGCGCGUAGAGGUUGCUCGACUGGAAAACGACGGCAGCGUUGCCGAAGAUGAAGUCGACCGUGCCGUAAACGUCGCACUCGCGGUAGAAUUGUCGGAGGGAGUGGACGUACAGUGUGUCCUGAUAAGCCACGAAGCUGCACUGGUAGAAGGUCGAGAAGUCGGCGCUCGAACGGAGGGCCACAGCCUGGUGCUUGGCGGGGCCCGCGUAGUUCUCGAACGUGAUGCCUCUGGCGAUGAACCCAUUCCCGACCACAGCUGCACUCGCAGAUCGGAAGGUGGUCCAGCCGUCCACCACGCUCCGGUUCCCUUUAAUCAGCGUUUUUCCAAUACCGUCCCCCAAAAACAUGAUAUUCCUCUUUCGCCUAUCCACUUCAAUAUAUUCGUAAUACGCCCCCGAUUUUAUGUAAAUCACGAAUCGCGAGUCGCUGUUAUUUGGCGCCGCUGCAAGUGCCUCGCCGAUGGUGGUGAAGUUCCCGCUGCCAUCCUUUGCCACCACAAGAUUCGGCGCCGUCUGGUUAGUCGCCGCCUGCAGCAGCCUCCGAUCCGACCUCCUCAGCCACGCCGGAAACCCGCCACUCGCCGCCGGAAUUUUCGGCUUCCGCUUACUGCUCUUCCUCUUCAAUUUUCUCACCAUGGCGAGUGCGUUGCUGACGUGGCGCGUAAUCCUCUUCAGCCUGCCCUCGAUGAGGCGGCGCGUGUUGUUCACGCUGUACGCGAAGCCGUCGAGGCACGUGGCCUGGUUGGUCAUGGCGCCGCUGAGGAGCGUCUGCAGGUCGUCGUAGAAGUCCUCCGGCGAAGCCGACGGCGACGAUAGCUCGGCGAGGAUGUGGUUGAGCUCCGCCACCGUGUCGGAGAACAGCUCGAGGCAGUCGUCGAGGGCGUGCAGCUCGCGCGCGUCCAGCCGCCGGAGGAGCUUGCGGCGGAUGCUGCUGCAGUUGUCGGCGGACGCGUGGACCUCGCGCACGGUGGCGUUGACGGUGGCAGAUAUGACCUCAGGUAGCGUCUUGCGGCGGAGCUCCGGGAGAGCGGCGGCGACGGUGGAGACGCACUGCUCCGGGUACAGCGUGCCCUCGCAGUGAGAAGCGGCGAGCUGCGCGUGCUCGAGCGCGUGGAUUUUGAUUGGGGGCUUUGGGGAAUUUUCGAGGAAUGUGGGGCGGGAAUUGAAAGAAACAAGUGCGAGUAAGAGGAGAGUGGCUGAAAGGGGAAGGAGAGCGAGGAUAAGUUUCGACAUUUUUGGAGAAUUUUGAGGUGGAUUUGGAAAAGUAGGGGAUUGGUGGGUGGGAUUUUAUAUGCUAAUUUUGGGGGUGAAAUGUAAUUUCCGUUUAAUUUAUUUAUCGGGAGUGAAAAAGAGCUAAAAUUAAUGCGGCAUCAGGCAAAGACUAGGGGCCGCGUUUAUAUUUAUGAG